UUGUUUAGGUUGUAGGCGGAGCAACAUCUGCGGCUGCGCGGAGUCAAAGCUCCAGUAGUCCAAGUAAUAUGACUGGCGGGAAGAGCUGCAGCAGCAACAAGGACUCGGAGCCCAGCAUGGAUGUGGACGUGGAUUCCAGCCGGACGGAGAGCGAGCGGGGAGACCUGGACAGCAGCGUUCCCGUUGCGUGUUCGUCCAACGGAAGCGGCGGGGAGGAGGACGAGGCGGAGGGCCUGGGGAGGCCCCGAGAAGCCGGGGGCUCGAGUGACCAGCUCACACCGGAUGAAGGCGCAGAGAUAGGCAUCGGCAAGGAGCAAGAAGUGUCGGUGGAAAUUGGAGAGACGUAUUUGUGUCAAAGAACCGAUAAAACAUGGCACAUGGCCGAGGUGAUCCAGUUCCGCCUCAACGAGCAGGAGGCCCGGGAGGAGUUCUAUGUCCACUAUGUAGGAUUUAACCGGCGCCUGGACGAGUGGGUGGGGAAAAAUCGGCUGGCACUCACCAAGACGGUGAAGGACGCCGUGAGGAAAAACUCUGAGGUUGGAGGAGUCGGAGACCUCGGCGAUCAGCCCGAGAGGAAGAUCACGCGCAACCAGAAAAGGAAGCACGAUGAGAUCAACCACGUGCAGAAGACCUACGCCGAGAUGGACCCGACUACAGCUGCUCUGGAGAAGGAGCAUGAGGCGAUCACCAAGGUGAAGUACGUGGAUAAGAUCCAGAUUGGGAACUUUGAGAUCGACGCCUGGUACUUCUCUCCGUUCCCAGAGGAUUAUGGGAAGCAGCCCAAGCUCUGGAUUUGCGAGUUCUGCCUGAAGUACAUGAAGUACGAGAAAACGUUCAGACACCACCUGUCUCACUGCCAGUGGAGGCAGCCUCCAGGGAAGGAGAUCUACCGCAGGAGCAACAUCUCCGUCUACGAGGUGGAUGGCCGGGACCACAAGAUCUACUGCCAGAAUCUAUGCCUGCUGGCCAAACUGUUUCUGGACCAUAAGACGCUUUACUUUGACGUGGAGCCAUUCAUCUUCUACAUCCUGACCGAAGUCACCAAGCAGGGAGCGCACAUCGUCGGCUACUUCUCUAAGGAAAAAGAAUCUCCAGAUGGGAACAACGUGGCAUGUAUUCUGACGCUGCCGCCGUACCAACGCAGAGGCUACGGGAAGUUCCUCAUAGCUUUCAGCUACGAGCUGUCCAAGCUGGAGAACGCGGUUGGCUCACCGGAGAAGCCGCUGUCGGAUCUGGGCAAGCUGAGCUACCGGAGCUACUGGUCCUGGGUUCUGCUGGAGAUCCUGCGGGACUUCAGGGGAACGCUGUCCAUCAAGGACCUCAGCCAGAUGACCAGCAUCACUCAGAGUGACAUCAUCAGCACCCUGCAGUCGCUCAACAUGGUGAAGUACUGGAAGGGGCAACACGUCAUCUGCGUCACGCCCAAACUGGUGGAGGAGCACCUGAAGAGCGCCCAGUACAAGAAGCCGCCCAUCACAGUGGACACCCUGUGUCUGAAGUGGGCGCCUCCCAAGAACAAACAGGCCAAGCUGUCGAAGAAGUGAGGAAGAGGAGCUGCUCGUCUUCAUCACCCGGACUGUAAAUAAAUGUUAUUAAUCUGUUAAUAUUUUCAUAGAAUAAAUGUUCUCAGGUAAAACUCUGUUCUGGUUCCUUCAAGCUUCAGAAUAAAAGUUCGUUCUUCAUUUA